UAAUUUUUAGGUCGCCUUUGCAAGUUUCUGUACUUUUGUGUUGAUCGACUCCUCCAAUAUUCUAGAUGCAAAUAAAGCCUUCGUUUCACUUUCUUUAUUCAAUAUACUCCGAAUACCUCUUGCACUUCUUCCUAUGGUCGUUUCUUAUGGGGCGAAUUUUAUUAUUUCAAUAAAACGUAUCAAUAAAUAUCUUCAAGGAGAUGAGAUAGACCCAGAAACUAUUCAACAUGAGCCGAAUCCGCAUACUCCAGUUGUUUUAAGAAAUGGAACUUUUAGUUGGUCCAAAAAUGAUUCUUCUGUUCUCAAUGGUAUUACGCUCGAUAUCAAAGAUAAAAGUUUAGUUGCUAUUGUGGGUCAAGUUGGAAGUGGAAAAUCAUCCUUACUGUCAGCUCUUCUCGGUGAUCUUUACAAAACCGAGGGAUAUGUGAAUGUUUAUGGGAAGAUUGCUUAUGUCCCUCAAUCAGCUUGGAUCCAAAAUGCUACUGUUAGACAGAACAUCACAUUUUCACAGCCAUAUAUUGAAGAGAAAUACAAUAAAGUAUUGGAAGCAUGUGCUCUAACACAGGAUCUGAAAAUAUUAACUGGUGGAGAUUUAACAGAAAUCGGUGAAAAGGGCAUUAAUUUAAGUGGCGGUCAAAAACAACGAGUCAGUCUUGCUAGAGCAGUUUACGCAAACUCUGACAUUUAUUUCCUCGAUGAUCCUUUGAGUGCAGUUGAUGCUCAUGUUUCCCGUCACCUUUUUGAUAAAGUCAUUGGUCCAACUGGAAUGCUAAAAAAGAAGACCAGAAUUUUAGUUACCCACAGAGUUACUUUUCUACCUCAAGUUGAUGAAAUUAUUGUACUUAAAGAUGGUCAAAUUACUGAACAAGGAACAUAUCAUGAAUUAUUAGCUAAAAACGGUGAAUUUGCUCAAUUUUUACUACAAUUUGUGAGUGAGCAACAUGAAGAACUUGCAGAAGAAGACAAAGAAAUAAUCGAACAGUUAAAAGAAAAAAUGGGUCCUGAGUUUGAAAAAAGAGGAUCUAUUGUUAGAUCAGAAACUCUUUCCAAUAGCUCAGAUGGAAUUCGUAGACGAACCAUGUCCAAUGCCUCACGUCCAUCAACCAAAAAAGGUAACACUAGUCGAAGUAUGUCACAGUUACGAGAAGAGCCUGAAUCGACCAAAGGAAAUGGUGAAAAGUUCAAAUUAGUUGAAACUGAAGUCGCUCAGACAGGAAAAGUAAAAUGGGGAGUUUAUUGGGAGUUUUUUAAAGCUUGUGGCCUGGUUUCAUGCUUGCUUGUAAUUUUAGCUUUCUGUUUAUCAAGUACUUUUAACUUACUAUCGAGUCUUUGGUUGACUGAAUGGAGUAAUGACUCUCUUAAUCCAGCGGCUGCUAAUGAUACAACUCUCAGAAACAUUAGGCUUGGUGUUUAUUUUGGUCUUGGACUAUCGGAGACAACAUUUACAUUAACCAAUAGUAUUAUACUGAACUUCGCUAUUCUCAAAGGCGCUAGACUUAUCCACGAAAAGAUGCUUCACCGAAUGUUUAGAGCAACAAUGUCAUUUUAUGAUACAACUCACGGUUAUACCUCAAGACCCUGUUCUAUUUUCUGGAAGCUUCAGACCUAAUUUCGAUCCAUUCAGAAAUUUGGAAAUCUUUAGAACUUUCUCGUUUGAAAGGUGUGCAUUGAGUCAGGAUGGGUUAUGAAUGAAGGUUUCAGAGCGUAUUUCAACUGUUCAUAAUUGUUUAUUAAAUUACUGGUUUUAAUGAUAACUAUAAAUAGUUGAUUGUCUAAGCAGAGGUUACAACUUCGAUUUCAUCAUCAUCUUCAACUGGCUUUGGAGCUGGCUUUGGGCCUGGCUUGUGGAAUUGGUUGAAGAAUUUUCCAGCUUGGUCUUGAAUCUUUUCGUUGAUUU